AUGACCAGCAUCGAGAGUCUCUCCCAUUGCAACCGAAGUGAAGCUCACAAUAUGGUUGAGUUUAUUCUUGCCACAACAAAAUUUAGUCCGGAAAUAGCCAAGAAAAAGUUGGACAACUAUUAUACCAUAAGAAGUAUCUAUCCAAAUUAUUUUAAUAAUUUAAAUCCAAAGCUUCCGUAUGUCCAAAAUGCUUUUAAUGCGGGUUAUGUGCUACCCCUUCCGAAAAUAGUAAAUGAGAUGUACAGAGUAGUAAUAAUUAAGCCCAAGGAAAAGUCAGAAAGUAUAUUUAAUGUAACUGAGCAGUUAUACCUAGUACUUGACUUAUACGAAAUUAGAAUGCACGAAGAUUUGAUGGCUGGAGAUAUAGUUGUUUUUGACAUGAAUCAUUUAUCACUAGGACAUGUAUUAAAAGUGUCACCUAUGUUUGUGAAGGCAUCAGUAACCAUAUUGGAGAACAUGUACAGUACUAGAAUAAAGGAAGUUCAUAUUUUAAACUAUCCCUCCGUUUUUGACAAACUAUUGGCGAUAGCUAAGUUGUUUAUUAAACCAAAACUUUAUGAUAGGCUUAAACUCCAUUCCUCAUUUGAAAGUUUUUUAAACUAUGUUCCUUUAGAAGUUUUGCCAAAGGAUUAUGGUGGUGAAGAGAAAUCAAUGGAUGAAUUAGAAAAAAUGUUAAAACUGAAAUUGAUAGAAUAUGGAGACCGUUUUGAUAAAUUGGAUACUUUAAGAGUUAAUGAAUCCCUUCGCCCCACUGCCAUAGAUUGCCAAGAAAACUUUGGAGUUCACGGCACAUUUAGACAGAUGAAUAUCGACUGA